AUGAUUUUUGGGCUUCUUUUUGUAGGAUUGGCAGCAGCGUUGCCGCUAUUUGGCCAGCAAUACCAUUUAAUUUCUCUGCAACCCAAUGAACUGACAAAGGUGACGGAGGCCCAGCUGUGGCGGCUGAAGCAGCAAAACACCCGAUUUCUGGACCUCACAGCGAGCUACCCCACGUUGCUGGAGCCAAUGAGAGAAGGACAAUCAGUCAGGGUUACUCUGGAAAAGCCAGCUAUUGUGUACAAUUACCCUAAUGCGUCCGAGUUCCACGAGAAAGAGGUGAACUCGCUUCUCGCCGACAUCGAUCCUUCAAAGAUCCAGGGUACAUUGGAAGAGCUGAGCUCGUUCAAGUCACGGUACUAUAAGUCUGAAAAAUACCUGGACUCCUCUAUAUGGGUUUACAACAAGCUGUUAGACUAUGCGCUUGGCAGCGAUAACUACAACCUGACGGUGGUCAACCACGAGAAAUUUCCGCAAUCGUCGUACAUUUUGCGGAUAACGGGCACCAACAACUCUGUCGAAACCCCGACCAUUGUUCUUGGAGCACACAUCGACUCCAUGAAUUUGGUGCUACCUUCGUUUUUGCGUGCUCCGGGCGCAGACGACGAUGGUUCUGGUGUGGUGACGCUGCUGGAAACGCUGCGGAUCGUGACGGAGCACGGGCUUUCUUUCCCCAACCACAUCGAGUUUCACUUUUACGCAGCGGAGGAGGGCGGCAUGCUUGGCUCGCUUGACAUUUUCAACGCGUAUUUUCUGCACAAAAAAGUGGUCGCCAUGCUCCAGCAGGACAUGACGGGCUACGUUGCAAAAUCGCUUCGCAAAGGACGGCCGGAACACUUUGGACUCAUCGCGGACUACACGUCGCCGUAUCUGAACGAAUUUUUACGGCAGGUGAUUGAGACGUACUGCCGAAUCCCUGUUUUUGAGAGCGCGUGCGACUAUCCCUGUUCCGACCAUUACAGUGCCCACAUGAACGGGUUCCCAGCAGGAAUGGUAGCAGAAGCCCAGCGCGAGUAUUGGAACCCGUACGUGCACACGACGGCCGACACAAUCGACAAGCUGAGCAUGCUGCACAUAGCGGAGCACGUGAAGCUGUGUUUGGGCUACGUGUACGAGCUCGGAGAGUACUCGUUUUAGGGAGCUAAAAAAUGAAAAUAAAUGCAUUUUUUUAAGUUGAAUUUUUGUUACUCGGGCAUCGUGAGCGCUUCGGCCUUGUCCUCCUUGUAGAGCUCGGCGUUGGUUUUCACCUGGAUGCUAAGAACUAACGCGCCGAUGCCAACGAUGCCGCCAACGCGGAAAAUCCAGCCCAAUGAGUCGUCAAACGAGUCCUUGUCGCUGUUCUGAAGUAGCUUGAACAGGAACGACGAGCCCAGCGACGAAAGCAUCUGCGGGGCUGAAACAAAGACGUUGUGGAUUGCUAGCAAAAUGCCCGAGUCGUAGACGACAUGAUCGUAUUUUGCAACCAUGACUUUUGACAGAUAGAAGCUUGUUUCUGGCGUGACAAGCGUGUUUUCAGACUCGGCGGACGACGGCACGCUCUGUUUUCUGUACUGGUCAUAGAUCUGGACAGCCUUGAUGUCCUUGAUGCGCGAAAUCUCCUCGCUGAUCAAGGCAAACGGGAUCCACACGGCACACCCCCACGGGAUCCCCAAAAACGCAAAUAGCACGAUGGCCUGGACGGAGGUGGCGAUGAAAAACGUCGAAAGGGUGGCCACAAUGAACACCACGUGAGAGUAGAUCCACAACCGACGCAUGUUGAUCCACUCGCUAUCCCUAAACCUGUCGACGAGGUACGGCAAUAGCAGGUCGACCGCGAGCGUCACGACUGCGUGGGCGAGCAGCGCUGCUGUUCCGCGCCGCACACCUUCGUCCAGCAGCCGCUGGCGCUCGUCUGCCGGCAGGUUAAGCGGGUUAUUGUAGCCGUUCUCGUACAAAUAAAGUUCCCCCACGUAGGUUGACGUGUAGAAGAGCAUCGGGAAGUAGCCAAUCCAGGCGAAGAACUCUGCGUAGCACACGAUCUUGACCUGGCGCGGCAGCCGUGCAAUCGACCGCAGCACCUGCCAGAAGAACGACUUCACCACCGUGAGCACCGUGGCGUUUUCCUCGUCGAUGCCCAUGUCCUUGAGUCGCUUUUCCUGUUUUUUGCGUUCCAUGCGGAUAGCGAGGUCGUAGCGUGGGCUGCGCUCCUUGAUCGCCCAGCAGGAGAACGCCGUAAGAACAAGCAUGAUGGUGGCCACGAGCCAGCUCAAAACCUUGAAUUGCGAGCUCCCGAGCCAGGGAAACAGCGCGGCCAGGUCCCAGGUGCCAAUCCAGAACCCAACGAUGUUGAAGGCACCAAUCAUGCGCGCGGCCCACGCGUUGGCUAUUUGCUGCUGAACACUGGGAACCACGUCGACGAUCAGCGCGCGGCACGAGGCCUGGAUGACGGCGAUGGAGAAGUCCAGAAUAUAGAUGCCAGCCGCAGCAAAGGGCACCGUGUACCGGUUGACGGUGUCUUGGUCUCGAUUAGGCAGAAACCAGCCCACAAUGUUGGCGGAAUGCGACAGAUACAGCAGCGACAGCACCGUGGCCACACAGCCUCCGAUGAUAAACGGUCUUCUUCUGCCCCAGUCGAGGUUGCACUUGUCGCUCAGCAAUCCGACAAUAGGCUGGCCAAAAGUGCCCGAGAGCGGGCCGGCCAGCCAUAUGAGGGCAAGCGCAUGUUUGGAGACACCCAGCGACAGCAGAAACGGCGUGGCCUCGCUGAACUCCGUGGACCAAGCAAGCUGCAGGGCCCCCACAAUUAGCGUGAGCACCACGAUGUAGCCGGUCGACCUGAUAGGGUUGUACAGGUCGCUCAUGUCUUGGUCAGGGUCAGCUCUCAGCUCAGAGGUGAGCGUUUGCUCCAGAGAAAUAUCCUCGUCGAGAAGGGCUUGUGUGCU